AUGUCGCAAAAACGAAAAAUCGAGCGAAUAUCAGAGGAAGUUGCUGAAAGAAUAACAACAGCUCAAGUAGUUGUUAGUUUAGCAAGUGCAAUUCGACAAUUGGUUGAUAAUUCAAUCGAUGCCGGAUCCACAAUUAUUGAUAUUCGUGCCAAAAACAAUGGAUUUGAUAGUUUAGAAGUUCAAGAUAAUGGUUGUGGUAUUGAAGUUAAAAACUUCGAUGCAUUGUGUAAGUUUUCUAGAUUUGUUCAGAUUUUUUGCAUUUCAGCCUGAAAUUUUCAGGCAAACCUCAUUCAACCUCAAAAUUAACGGAUUUUUCUGAUUUCGAUAAACUAUCAACUCUUGGUUUUCGCGGUGAAGCUUUAAAUGCGCUAUGUGCUUUAAGUACAGUUACAAUUUUCACAAAAAGCAGUGAUGCUUCAAUUGGAACUCGUCUCAAAUAUGAUCAUCGUGGUAAUAUUAUCGAACAAAAAUCAGCAGCCAGAGAGGUUUUUUUCCUGUUUUUUUUCCUCAGGGAAUUCUCAAUCAUUUCCAGACAGGCACAACUAUUCUCAUCGAAAAUCUCUUCGAAACUCUGCCAGUUCGUCGAAAACAACUCGAAAAAUCGGCGAAGCGUGAUUUUUUCAAACUUUUGGCAACAGUCCAAUCAUUUUGUUUAAUGCGACCGAAUAUCAAAUUUCUUUGCACAAAUAUGAUGGGGAAUAAAAAGCAGAAUAUCAUUUGUACACCGGGUGGAAAUUCGACAAUUCGAGAUGUUGUUUCGAAUUUAUUCGGAAUUUCUGGAGAAAAAUCACAAUUGAUUGAGAUAAAAACCGAGACACCGAAUGAGGAGAUUCUGGAAAUUUAUGGAAUUCAGAGAAAAGAAAUUGAUAUUUUUGAUUUUAUCAAGUUAGUGCGCCCCACGUGUGGGAUGGUUUCUUUUUGGUGAAAAGAACUCGUCUGCAAACACGCACACACACACAAAUGUGCGUUAGAGCGCAUUUUCUUGUUUUCCCAUGAAAAAAAGCAAGAAAAUGCGCUCUAUCGCAGAAAGUGUGUGUUUGCAGCGCAACACCGUGACGCAUAUUUGCAGACCGCCUCUAUUUUUCCAGAAUAACUGGAUUUAUCAGUAAUUGUGAGCAUGGAUGUGGUCGAAGUACUUCAGAUCGACAAUUUGUUUAUAUAAAUAAUCGACCCGUGGAUUAUUCAAGAGUUUGUGCAACUGUCAAUGAAGUCUAUCGAUCUUUCAAUAAAUCACAAUAUCCAAUUUUCAUCCUUUUUAUCGAAGUUCCAGGAGGUUUGGAAUAUUUUUGACACAUGUCCAGGAAGUAAAAAGUUUUCUCAAAAUUUCAGAUAAAAUUGAUGUGAAUGUGACACCUGACAAGAAAACAGUGAUGUUUGAAAAAGAAAAACACUUGCUGGCCUUAUUGAGAAGCUCAAUUAUCGCCACUUUUCAACCAAUUCUUGGAUCACAUUCAACUAUUCGAAGUAGUGUGGAAGAUCGAAGAAAUUGUUCGUUUUGUAGGUUAUUGAAGAUUUAAUUGAUUUUUUUAAAAUUCCAAUAUAAAAUCAAGCAAUUCUAGAAAUUUCUAGAUUCAUCCCAGUCAAGUGCAAAUAGCACAUUGAAUGAAUCAAAUCUGGAUCUGGAUUCAACUUCAAUUCUCACUGAUCCAAAUGGAUCUCUUCCGAAUAUUUCCGAUCUGAUCAAUCAACAACCAAAAUCGAAAAAAUCUAAAACUAUGGCAGAUUUUGUUUUUCGAAAGGAAACUCCUGAAGUUGAUAGAUCUUAUGAAAUUGAAAUCUUAUCCAAAGAAAAAGAAACAUCUUUUGCAAAUGUACCAAAAGAAUUAUCUAGAACUAACCAAAGCACUUAUAAAAUCGAAUUUUUAUCCAAAGAAAAAGAAAAUUCGGGUAUUCGUAAAAUUGAGCCGAAGAUUUUGGAAAAUAUGUCGAGAGCAUUUGAAACUUGCGCGAAUCCGAGAAAAGAGACAAUUAUUGAAUCAAAUGAGGAAGAAGAUGAUGAAAUAAUUAUGAUAGCAAAAGAGGAACCAGCAUUUGUUCGAAGAAAACCAAAAGGAACUUUGAAAUUCAAUAUGAAUAAUUUGAGAGAUCGACUAAAAACAUUGAAAAUUGAUGAUAAAAAUCAAGAUUCGCAAAAAGAAUUCGAAUUUAGCGCAGAAAUUCGACCGGAGGAAAAUAAUCAAGCAGAAGAACAAUUAUCGAGAAGUUUGAGAAAAGAGGAUUUCGAGAAAAUGAGAAUCAUUGGACAAUUUAACAAGGGAUUUAUUAUCACGGAGCUGCGCAAUAAUUUAUUUAUUAUUGAUCAACAUGCUAGUGAUGAGAAAUAUAAUUUUGAAAAGCUGCAGAAAUCUGCGAAACUUACGAAGCAGCCGUUGUUUGCGUGGGUUUUUUUAAAUUCAAAAUUUAUGUACAUCAUAAAUUCAUCUCGAAUUUAAAUUUAAUAUUUAAAAUUUCUGAAAAUUUGGAAAAAACCGGCUCAAGUGGACAUUUUUUCUGACAUUUUCUUAAUCAGUUUUGAGCGAAAAACUCUUGAUUUUCAAAAUUCCGAAAUUUCAGAAAAAUAUUAUCUUGGGAAACCUGAAAUUUGAACAGAAAAAAAUGCCUCCAGACCAUUUUUCUAACCAAGCUGAUUUCGAAUUUCCAGCAAUUUUAAUGUUGAAAAUCGUGAUCUACACAAAAAAAAUUAUCAGAGAAUUUUUUUUCAAAUUAUCAAAAAAAUUUCUGAAAAUUUGGAAAAUUUGAAAAAAAACUGACCCAAGAUCCCCAAUUUUCAGAACAGUUUUGUUCAAAUUUUUUCGUAGAAAUUUGAUUUUCAAAAUUCCGAAAUUUUAGAAAAAUAUUUUCUUGGGAAACCUGAAACAGAAAAAUGCUUUCAGACCAUUUCCAAGUUUAGUUGAGAAUUUCAGCAAUUUUCAUGCUAAAAAGCGUGAUCUACAGGACAACUUACCCUAGGAUUAUUUUCUCAAAUUAUCAAAAAAUUUUGCAGACCAACCCCUCUCAAUUUUGGCGCAGUUCAAGAAAUGAUAAUCCGUGAAAACCUGCACAUUUUCCGUUCAAAUGGUUUUGAAUUCAACUUCAAAGAAAUCGACGGAUGUCUGAAGACAUACAUGACAGCUCGCCCCGAAAUUCUCAGCCAUCAUCUAACAAAUUCAGAUUUGGAAGAAAUCGUCGCAAUGGUCUCCGAAUAUCCAAAUCAAAUGUAUCGCCCAGCGAAAAUUCGGAAAAUAUUUGCGUCUCGCGCGUGUCGAAAAAGUAUUAUGAUUGGAAAAGCGUUGGAUGAUCGAGAAAUGAGAAAAGUUUGCAAAAAAUAUAUUGAUUUAUUGAUUAACACCCGUUUUUUGACAGGUUGUUCGAAAUUUGGCAAAACUUGAUCAACCUUGGAAUUGUCCACAUGGAAGACCAACAAUUCGACAUUUGAAAAAAUUGAAUAUUGAAUGA